GCUGUCUUCUCAACAGUGGAUGUGAGUUCAGAGGUUGUCCAUCUCAUAUAAGAUGCCUUCGGCGAAAUAUAUAUUACUUUCCUUUGAGUAUGUGAAAAUAUAUGCGACAAAUAAAUGAUAUAUAGAAGGGAUGUUAUUUAAGGAUUCUCGUGGACCCAGCCGGCCUUUUGCUCUGUUGUUUGUAUUUAUUCUGGAAAUCACAUUAAUGACAUCGCAGCGGAUGAAACUGGUUUCUGCAGAGGCGCAAAAGUGCCAGAUCUUGCCAAUUCACAAAGAAUUUGUAGUGGCGACAGGUAGCCGCCAUUAUGGGAGUGAUUGAUUUGGAGAAGCAUUUUGCAUUUUAUGGAGCUUAUCACAGUAAUAAAAUUAAUGUCCUCAUUCAUACUAUAUUUGUGUGGCCAAUUUUUUUCACUCUGCUGAUACUGGAGUCUUUCACUCCUUCUAUUGGUCUACUACCCUUUCCACCAGGGACUUUACCAUUCCAGGAGUUCAUGGUACUGAACUUGAGCUUUGUGACAGCUAUUGUAUAUGGUCUCUUUUAUGUUUUGUUGGAUAAGAAAGCAGGAACAAUAGCAGGAGUCCUUUGCCUUAUUUGCUGGAUCAGCAGUAAUGCUCUUGCUCAGAGAUUGGGGUUUUCCUUAGCUUGGAAGGUGAUCCUUGUUUCUCAGUUGGUCUGCUGGACAGGUCAAUGCAUAGGACAUGGAGUUUUUGAGAAGCGAGCACCUGCGCUUAUGGAUAAUCUUGUUCAAGCUAUAUUAAUGGCUCCAUUUUUUGUCCUGCUCGAGGCCCUUCAAAAGUUCUAUAAUUAUGAACCUUAUCCUGGUUUCGAGAAGAGUGUACGUACAAAGGUGCAAGCAAAUAUCAAAGAAUUGAGAAUGAAGAAGCAGAAAAAAUCCGCAUAGGUUGCUUGCCUGUUGAACUUGAGCAGAUACUACUUUAGUUAACAUGAAGCAUGCUACAUGAAUUUCUUCUCAAAGUAAAAUCAUUCAUUCAAUGCAGUUAUUAUCCGUAUCGCUAUUAUUGCUAGUGCUGAUUUGCACGUGUCAUGUUUCUGAUAUAUAUAAUUGUACAGUGAUAAAUUCAGAAAGACUAUGAUUUUCAAUGAAAUUGUUUCUCUCAGACCCAUUUAAUUUUAACUGGAUAAUUUAAUGUCAUGUUUCAUAUAUUGUGGGAUCUGCAAACGGUUUAAGAAGCAGGAAUAUCUGCAUGGUUGGCUUGCCUA